AUGUUGGAAUACCUUUUAGUCCUACUUAUUGGAUUCUGGCUGGGUGUUGCCAUUUUCCUCUACGUUUCCUGCUAUUGGAUUGAGGAGAUUUUGGAUUUACCACCUCAACAACAUGCAUCAAGCGCAUCCAGCCACGUUUCCAGCGGUGCAAGCGGCGCCCACGCACAGCUCAAGCGGCUAGUCGCCAGGGUCGUGGAAGAGGCUGUAGCGCUGCCUGCGCUUGCGCGGUAUGCCAACGAGCGAUCACCGACGCCUGCUAUCGAAUCUUCUACAUACGAGGAUCUACUAGCUACGGCAAUUUUGAAUAAGGUGAUCGAACGGUACCAGAAUGAAAAUGGUUCGGGCGGACGCAGUAGUGGCAUCCACUCGGCCAGCGCAAGCCCAUCUCCCUCCGACCGCUCCUCGCCACGAUCUCUCAACUCGAGAAAUACCAGAGAAAUAAGCCCUCCGCUUCGCGAGGAAGAUGACGUGUCGGAUUGGGAAGAGGGUGACGCCACAGAUGAAGCACUAGAACUGCCACGUCGUGUGCCUUUCCCGGAGUUUGGAGGAGACAUUGUGCAUCACGAUAAUGAAGACCGUGACUUCGAUGAGAUAUCAAGCAGUGAUAUACAAGCAGUCGACGGUUCUUGGGAGGAGAACUGGCUCUUCCAAAAGAAGAAAAUAAAGACGAUACAAUCAGUUCCAGUUCCAAUGCUGGUUCCUAACUCUAAUACGGAAUAUCGUGCGCUAAUUGGCGAUAGAGAUGCCGAGGAUACUAGUGAUCUCUCAGAUAAUGCUAGCGACGCAGAAGAUCAACCAUCAGAAUAUAAAAGUGAUAUCAAAAGAGUUUUAGACUCGAAACAUGAAAUUGGAGGAAAACCAAAAAUAGACGAUAUUCUCGUAGAUGAUUAUGAGCCAGAUAGUCUUAUGACUAUCGAUGGCUCAGACGAAUUCGAAAAACUGUACAAUGAAAGCAAAGAAAGUAAAGAAAUUGUGGACGCAAUAAAUGCAGAUGUUGAUAAUAAUGAAUGCGAGAAGAAAAUAGCAAACAAUAAUGAGGACAUUAAUGAGGAAAGAAAAGAUUCAAUAUUAAUUCUUGGUAUAGACAGCGGCCCACCACCUAAAGCAGAAUUUAAUUUAAACGAAGAAAUUCACAGAAAUGUUUUCAACGGUUACAAAAAUGAAAAUUUCAUUCAUUUGGACACAUCAUCACAAACGAUGGCAGAAGACAGUUUAGAUGAAGUAGAUCAUAUCUCCAAUUCAAAAAGUUUCUCGGACAGCACAGCAAACAACACGUUGAGUCGCCACGAGAGAGUGGGUGAAUAUGAAGAGGCAGUGUCUAUUCCAGUGCAGAGGUAUGCUGACAGUCUACGUAAGAAGCAUUUUGAAGAUGAAGCUAGAGAAUUUACUGAUGAGAAGGAAGAAGACUUGAUUCCAGGUUCGGUUGCAUAUAGGGAAAGAAAAAAAUGGUUGAAUUACGUUGAGAUGCCAAACAAUCCUUACUCGCCAGAAGCGAUACAAAAACGGUUGUCAGCCAAAAGCACCUCUUCGUUAUUCGAUUCACUGACUUCCAAAAACAAGGAAUUCGACGUGGAAAAUUCUGAAACACCUAAACAUAAAGCGGACAAGGAGAAAAGUAUUGAAACAAGCGCGAAAAAACAAAACGGCAUAAUAAUUGAUAAAAUUGAUUCCAACAUGGAUUCGAUGAACUUAAAUCAAAAUAAUAUAGAUUCAAUCAAGAUCAAAGACAGAAGUCCGUCACCGAAAAUUGUGAAAGAUGUAUCAGAAGAAUCCCCUCAAUAUAAACGUUAUGGCAGAGAUUAUUACAUAAGAGAAGCUAAAACUUCCUCCGGAGCGCGGAAGGCCAACAGCAUCAGUGACACAAGCUCUUUAUCGUCAAUACACAAGUCCACCAGUUUAGACAAUUUCGAAACAGAGUUCGCUUCGCCUGGAUUAUUAAUAAAACAGUUUACCACGAUAGCAACGAAUCAACAUUAUACAAAAUUUGUUGGAAAAGAUGAAAUGCAGAAUUCCAUAACAACAACGCCUAAGAGUAAAGAUGAAAUUUUAAUAGAAUACGAAGAUGCUAAUGAACAUACACUAUUCGCUGCUAAGCCGGUAUUUGCAGAUGAUGAUACGGAUAAAAAGUUCGAAGAAAUUUUGCAAUCGGCGUACAACACUGACACUGCACCGUUAACCAUACAAAUAGACAAAGAAAGCGACAGCUUGGACAGGUCACCGAACAAUUUUAGCAUCGAAAAUUCUUAUGUAAGCUCUAGUAGUUUAGAAGAUUCAAUUAAAAUAUAUAACGUACAAACUGGGGAAAUUGUUAAAUGUAAGCCAGAAGAUAAGGUAUCGCCGAGAUAUGAUGAAAUGACUGACAGCAAUGAUAACAUCCAUAUACCUGAUAAGAAUCUCUCUAGAGAAACAAUCGAUAGGCUCAGUCCAAAUAAUGAUGUGUACGAAUAUGAAACAGUAAACAACAAUUCAGAAACUAAUCAUUUGUACAAAAUCAGCGAAAUAGAGGAGAUACUACCGCAGCUUCCUAAAGUUAAAGAAUUGGCUAAGAAAUUUGUAAGCAUGGAUAAUUUAAGUGAACAGAGCAAGCCUCCACAACAACAAUACUUGAGGCGAAGAAAAAGCAAGGAGAACGUGCUAGGUUUCGAAUCGAAAAUAGACAAACCCGCAAAUAAACUAUUCUACAUGCACAGCCUUACUGCUAGAAGUAUCUCAAAAGAAUUUCGUGAUGAACUCAAGCUAUCUAUGGCAAUACCGCUUACUGUUCCUGGGGGAUCAAAAGAGUUUCCUGAGGGGAUCGAAGAGGUCACAAAAGAAUCGAGUAGACCGGGAAGUCCACUCCCUGAACCUGGCACAAUUAAGACCAAAUUGGCAUUCUUCGAAAGUUUAAAAUCUAAAUUUAGUAACAAAUAA